AUGGCUCCAGUGAUGAACACGGCACCACCUGACCUCCUUGCCUUAAAUAGAAAUGGAAACAAUUCACUUUAUGGCAAAUCAUCGGUGAGGCAUUCGGGAGCUAAUAUCGAGCCUAAUAUCGUUUCGUUAUUUCAUUCCAGUCCUGGUGUAAUCGGCACCCAGCGUUCAACAUUGCUUACGUUAGGAUCACAGAUCUCAUCUCUGGCUCCAAAAGUGCUGCAGGCUGAUAAUCCUGAUACCGCUGAUGACGACCCGAACACGUCACAGUUGCACCACCACCACAACCUGCAGCUGCUGCAGUCCUUACAUAUCCAAGAGAUCCAACCAAUUCAGCCACAGGAGGACCUUUUCGAGACGGAUGACUUGAUAUCGACAAAAAAAUUAAACUCCUUUUGGAACACUGAGGAAACCCAGGCGCUCAUAAACAAAUACGUCAGCAUCAUGCAAGUGACCGAUCCGUGCUGUUUCGUCGGUGUCGGCCCGUAUAAGUUCAUAUCGAUUACCGAGGCGAAGAAGGAAUCGGAUGGAAAUUCGAAAGUUCUCGUCUACAAGAAGACAACGAUGGAAUGUUGGACGAUGGAGGUUAGGAGCAAGGCGAACUUAACCGAGCUGAGUGCUACCCUAUACGAAGAGUUGAAAAUCCUGAGGACGUUGAGACUUAAGAAAAAUAUUAUCAUCUUCUUCGUUAACCUCAUUGCUUCCCACCAAACACACGGCCACGUCAUUUUGAUAUGGGAGAAUAUGGAGUAUGGUAUGGUUAUUUAA